GAAAAGAUAACAGUUGACGUUGGAGUUCAGGUCCUGCAAUAAUUCAGUGCCACAAAUUUCUCUUCUGGAUUCCUUUUGCAUAUUGUAGUUAGAAAAUAUCUUUCCCAUUUUUCUUCUCAAAAAACAGUGAAAAACAGGAGAUUCAGGGAUGGCCAGAAGGUACUGUUACAACGAAGUUCUGCCAUUAACAGCAAUGGCUGGAGUAGAAUGCGCAAAUGUAGGGUUAAACAUUCUAUUCAAAGAAGCAACUUCAAAGGGGAUGAGCCACUACAUCUUCAUCACUUACUCUUAUGCUCUUGGAGCCCUUCUCCUCCUCCCUUUGUCCUUCUUCUUCUUUCCCAGUAGAGCUGUUCUUCCGCCUUUGAAAUUCCACCUCGGCGCUAGAAUUUUCCUUCUUGGGCUUAUUGGGUUUUCGGCUCAAGUUUGUGCUUAUAAGGGUAUAAAUCAUAGCUCCCCAACUCUUGCUUCUGCAAUCCAAAAUCUCUCACCAGCGUUUACUUUCAUACUUGCUGUUAUUUUCAGAUUGGAAACAGUAGCCUUGAGAAGCUCCAGCAGUCAAGCUAAAAUCAUGGGGACCAUAGCAUCAAUUUCGGGUGCAUUACUAGUUGUUCUUUACAAAGGCCCCACAGUGUUUUCCUCUCCAUCAUCAUCUCCCGGUUUACUUCAAUGGCCCCUGGAAUCCUCAGAUCCAAAUUGGGUCACUGGUGGGAUCUUACUUCUUGUUGCCUAUAUGUUGUUUUCAAUCUGGUACAUUGUUCAGACCCAAGUUAUGGAGAUUUAUCCAGCUGAGUUGGUUGUUGCUUUCUUUUACAACUUAUGUGGGACGAUUGUAGCUGUACCAGUUUCCUUAAUGGCUGAAUCUGAGUUGAGUUCUUGGAGGCUAAGGCCUAGUGUUGCGGUUAUUGCAGUCCUGUACUCGGGUGUCUUUCAAUCUUAUAGUUCACUUGCGGUCACAUGGGGACUUCAUUUGAAAGGGCCAGUCUACGUUGCAAUUUUCAGUCCACUGUCUAUAGCCAUUGCUGCUUUUAUGAGUGCUAUUUUCCUUGGUGAUUCUCUGCAUCUUGGAAGUAUUAUCGGAGCAACUGUCAUAUCAAUCGGAUUUUAUGCUGUAAUAUGGGGAAAGGCAAAAGAACAGGGAAGUACUUGUUCAUCUCGUGGUAAGGUUCCUCUGUUGGAAGAGGAAGACAGAGAAGAACAGUUGCAGUGAUUCAUUAAUGGUUUAUGAAAUUAUCAAUGGAUCAUCUGUAUUUGUUUUUGUUUUUGGAUUGAAAUUUAUAGCUGCUAAGCUGAUGAACGAUCAUCAUCAUUUUAAACAAAAUAAUAUUGGGUGUAAUUCCGACAUGUUUGGUAACGAAAAAAAAAACGAAUGGAAAAUGUUAGAUGGCUAUUUGUUAGACUGCUGUUAAUACAGCACGUGCAUGUAAAGGUGGUUAGUCUGUUAGGUUGGUUAGCUAAGUCAGUUUGUUAGGUGGUUAGUGAUUAGCUAAACCAUUGUUAUAAAAGCAGUGUACCGACUAAUAUGAAGGCAAUGCAAUUCUUUACUGUG